AGAGGUGCUGCUGCCCACAGCCGCACCGGUCAGGAGAGAAGAGAGAAAUAAAAUUAAAGCCAAGAUCGGUGGGAAAUUGGUUAGUUUUUAAAAAGAUGCCCAGCAAAAAGAAGAAGUACAACGCCAGAUUCCCCCCGGCGCGGAUAAAGAAGAUCAUGCAGACGGACGAGGAGAUCGGCAAAGUCGCGGCAGCGGUUCCGGUCAUCAUCUCACGGGCCCUGGAGCUCUUCCUGGAAUCCCUCCUGACAAAAGCCUGUCAGGUGACGCAAUCACGGAACGCCAAAACCAUGACAACGUCACACCUGAAACAGUGCAUAGAGCUGGAGCAGCAGUUUGACUUCCUGAAGGACCUGGUGGUGGCCGUGCCGGACAUUCAGGGUGACGGCGAGGACAACCACGCGGAGGGCGUGGAGAAGACACCCCGCAGGGGUCGGAAGCCAGGGGCAGGGCGGAGGAACGGGGGCACAGCGGCCAAGGCCAAAGACAAGAAGCAGUCCGGGACAGAGUCCGAGCAAGAGGAUGAUUCAGAAGACAGUGAGACUGAGGAGGAGGAGGAGGAGGAGGAGGAGAACCAGUCAAGCUCCAGCCUGCGGCCAGCUGCUCACUUCCAGGGGCCCAAUAUGCCCGCCCAGUACCUCCACAUGGGCAUGGUCCAGGGAGGUGCCACCAUACCACACGGUCCCUUUGUCCCGCCCUCAUCACUGCUAGGCUCCGCCCCGGCUCCACCUGCCCCCACACCUCACAAGGAUGACUAUGAUGAGGAAGAUUAUGACUCCUAGCUCCCGGCCCUGCCCCCCCGUUAUUUUACUUCUUACUUUGGUUGUCGUGCGUUGCUGUGUUGGGGCGGGGCUAGGACCCCCCCCUGCGCUGCGGCCCACAGCACAGGACGCAGAGAGGCGGGGCCUCGUCUCUGCUGAGGAAACUUCCGGACAUUAUCCUCUGUAUAUUAUGUGUUUUACUCUUCUCUGUCGCUCUGUUUUUAAAUUGUGGAGCAAAACUGAUUUUUUUUACAACCUGAUGAAGCUGCUUCCUUUUAAUGUUUUUUUGUUUGUUUUACCUACGUGGCUGUGGGUGUUUUUAAACGGGCUGCACCGGUCCUUGGGUUUGCGGGUCCCGGGAAAACACACUUUGAU